UCGCCUGGUUCGCCCGUCACUUCUGUUGACUUUUUAACACAAGAAAAAGUUCGUGGUAUGAAGGUGUUUAUCUCUAAGUAUUAAAAAAAAAUUAAUUUGCUGUAUGAGGGGGGCAGAAAAUUUAGAUUAAUGGAGAAGCUCAAGAGCUUAGAGAAGAUUAUAUCACGUUAACAAAUUCGAUUAAGUUAUUUUAAUAUAUAUUUGUCAACAAUAUAACCUCCUAUUGGUAGAUAAAUUUAAUUUGAGGGAAGACUGGAGUAAGUUUACUGUAAUGCUUGGAAUGUUACGCAAAACAGGAAAGAUGAUAUGAAAUUUGAACUUUCUCGGAUCGUUAAUACGCUAAAUAACGCAGAUAUCGACGGCGUUCCUGUAGAGAGGAAAAGAACUAAUUUAAGUUGCUAGCCUCUAACUGUCCUCUGUUCGUACAACUGAACUUUUAUCCGUUCAAUUGUCAUAUUUGUUGGCAAAAUGGAUAUUCUAAAAGCAGAAAUAAUGAAGAAACGGAGAGAGCUAGAGGAAAGUCAUGUCUUGGAAAGUAAUAAGAAGUACUUUAAGAGGAGUCAAUUGAUAUCAAAGCAGCAGGAAGUACAUGAAACUGACAAAGGGAAUAAUGAGGCUGUCCCUUCAAAUGUGAAUCAGCAAUCGGAAGAACACAAAGCGGACAGUAGCUCCGAACAUUUGUUAUCCAGGCAAGAAGUAAUUAGGCGAUUGCGCGAGCGGACAGAGCCCGUGUUGUUAUUCGGCGAAUCCGAAAUAGAGGCAUUCAAGAGAUUAAGGAAGUGCGAAAUCCUUGAGCCAGAAGUGAAUAAGGGAUUCAGAAACGAUUUCCAAGAAGCCAUGGAGCAAGUGGAUCAAGCGUAUCUCAAUGAGAUCUUGACAUCUUCCAAGUCCCAAAAUCUUGACGGAAAGGGCGAUGUGAAUGUACCUGACGAGGGUGUCACUUAUGAAGACAUAGAAAAGAUGUCGACUAAACUGAAUAAGGGAGACAAGGACUUUGAUAUGAACGUUAUUACACUGUUUGUGCAAUAUCUAGUCCAGAUCUGGGGUAAUCAAUUAAACAGCCGAUCGACCGCCGAAAAGAUGAGCACUAAGGGAAAGAUGAAUAGCGCUACGUAUGCUCAAACAAGAGAGUAUUUAAAACCACUUCUAAGAAAAUUGAAGAAUAAGUCUCUUCCGGAGGAUAUAACGGACAGUUUAACAGAAAUUGUUAAGCACUUGCUGGAGCGUAACUACAUAUUGGCUAGCGAUGCCUAUUUGCAAAUGGCAAUAGGCAACUCACCGUGGCCUAUUGGUGUUACUAUGGUUGGUAUCCAUGCCCGUACUGGCAGAGAAAAGAUUUUCUCUAAGAAUGUUGCUCAUGUCAUGAACGAUGAAACUCAGAGGAAGUACAUUCAAGCACUCAAAAGAUUGAUGACUAAAUGUCAAGAAUAUUACCCUACUGACCCAUCGCGUUGUGUAGAGUACUCAAAAAAUUAGAUUUCUAUGAUAAAAUAUACGAAGCAAAGCACUGUUAAUUUGUAUGUAGAUAUAAACAUCGUAUUGUCAUUAUUAAAGAUUCUCAACUGAUUAUUAUAAA